GCUCGGCUGUCACAGAAUGGAGAACAUCACGAGCCCCUUCAUCCCAAACCCAACAUGCAACUACAGCAUGGAUUUAUACUAUUACGACUCUUCAAACCGGAGCGAUCUGAACUGCACGCCGCCGGCUGACUACUUCUUUUACGCAGAUCUGUACGUGGUUCUCCCGGUCAUUUACUCCGUGAUAUGCGCCGUAGGUCUGACGGGAAACACGGCGGUCAUAUAUGUGAUCCUCAAAGCACCCAAAAUGAAGACAGUGACCAAUAUGUUCAUCCUGAACUUGGCGAUCGCCGACGACCUCUUCACUUUAGUGCUGCCCAUCAACAUAGCGGAGCAUCUGCUACACUACUGGCCGUUCGGCGAGGUGCUGUGCAAAAUCAUUUUAAGCAUCGACCACUACAACAUCUUCUCAAGCAUCUACUUUCUGACUGUUAUGAGUGUGGACCGGUACCUGGUGGUGCUGUCGACCGUGCGCUCCAAGCGCAUGCCGUACCGCACAUACCGGGCAGCCAAGAUAGUGAGCCUGUGCGUAUGGCUGCUGGUGAUCCUCAUCGUCGUGCCGUUCACCGUGUUCGCGGGAGUCUACAUCAGUCCCGACGACACCGAGAGGAAAAGCUGCGUGCUGAGUUUCCCCAGUCCUGAAAGUUUGUGGUUCAAAGCGAGCCGGGUUUACACCCUCAUACUGGGCUUUGCCAUUCCGGUGUCUACGAUUUGCAUUCUUUACACCAUGAUGCUGUACAAAUUAAGAAACAUGCGCUUGAACACCAACGCCAAAGCGCUGGACAAAGCCAAGAAGAAAGUGACUAUCAUGGUGUUUAUCGUACUGGCCGUGUGCCUGUUCUGCUGGACGCCCUUUCACCUCAGCACCAUCGUGGCGCUGACCACAGACCUGCGGACCACACCGCUUCUCAUCGGCAUCUCGUACUUCAUUACCAGCCUGAGCUACGCCAACUCCUGUCUGAACCCGUUCCUCUACGCCUUCCUGGACGACAGCUUCAGAAAAGCCUUCAAGAAGAUGUUAGAAUGUAGACCUGCUUGAAUAUAAAGCGCUUUGAAGAGACGAGUUUAGAGUCACGGUGCGCCAUGCAGAAUUGAAUUCCAGGAUUUGAAUUGAAUUUGAAUUGAGGUAGCAAACAGAAUUCAACUAAGGCGUUUAGCAAUUGGGAUUUGAAUUUAAUUUGAAUUUUAUGAAAAGGUUUAUGACUGCAAUAAGCCUAGUUUUGAAUUGGA